AUGGGGGUGGAUGCAUCGCGACUCCUGGCAGCUUGCCCCUGUGCCGUGCGAGAUCGAUCCGACGUUUCGACGGGCGCCUGCAGUAGCACUGCGCCGGUGCUACCCAAGAGGCUCCGAGUUUGUGAGCUCUUCGCCGGCAUCGGCGGAUGGCGACUCGCGCUUGAAGCGGCAUUGCCCGAGGGCCUGAGUGCCUGUUUCUAUCCGUUCGACAGUGGGCCUCACUGCAGCGAAGUCUACUUCCGGAACUUUGGCGAAGCCUGCUGCCGGCGAAACAUCGAGCAACUGACAUCAAAGGACCUGGAGGGAUUUGAUGUUUGGCUGAUGUCUCCUCCAUGCCAGCCUUUUUCGACCACUCGCGAGGCGAAACAGCGAGACCUGGGUGAUAAGCGCUGUGCUGCGCUCGACCACCUUUGCAAGCUGCUCCCACUUCUCCGGCAUCCUCCGCGGUGGAUCGCCUUGGAAAAU